UCUUUUCCUGUUGAUCAUAGGAUGGAAUGACAAUGUCAGACCAAAUGGAUCUCCUUAAUGAGCAAGUUAAGAUGCUUGCUGGAGAGAUUGCAUUAAGCACCAGUACUCUAAAACGUCUGGUAGAGCAAUCCGUGAAUGAUCCCGAGAGUUUGAAAACUCAGAUUCAGAACUUGGAGCAUGAGAUCCAAGAAAAGAAAAAACAAAUGGGAGUUUUUGAACAGCGCGUUGUUGAGAAUGGUGAAGCUUCAGUUGCUAACGCAUCAUUUGUUGAGAUGCAGCAGACAGUCAUGAAAUUGAUGGCCCAGAGUAGUGAGAAAGAUUGUGAACUAGAGAUUAUAAUUGCGGACAAUCGUAUACUCCAGGAACAACUGCAGAACAAGUGUGCUGAAAACAAGGAGUUGCUAGAGAAAAAUAUUUGCCUGGAACAGCAAAUAGCUUCAUCCUCUUUGGCCAAAUCGUUAUCCUCUUCCAGACAGAGCCUAUCUGAUGAAUAUGCUGAUGAAUUGAGAAAGAAAAUGCAAUAUAAGGAAAUCGAGAAUGAGAAACUGAAGCAAGAACAUGUUCAGAUUUUAGAGGAGAAUAGUGGAUUGCGUGUCCAAAAUCAAAAACUGUCUGAGGAAGCAUCUUAUGCUAAGGAACUAGCCUCUGCUGCUGCAGUUGAACUGAAGAAUUUAACUGGUGAAGUUACCAAGCUAUCAUUGCAUAAUGCAAAACUUGAAAAAGAAUUACAAAUUUCUCGUGAGAUGAUGAACUCUAAAAAUGGCAGUAAUCGCAAAUACAGUGAUGGCCAGAGGCCUUUUCGCAGAGGUCGGCUCAAUGGUCGAGCAACUGAUGUUUCUGGAGUAUACCGUGAUGACUUUGACUCUUGGAACCUUGAUCCCAAUGAUUUAAAGAUGGAAUUGCAAGUAAGGAAACAACGAGAAAUUGCUCUUGAGGCUGCCUUGGCUGAGAAGGAAUUUUUGGAAGACGAGUACAGGAAAAAGGUUGCUGAGGCCAAGAAAAGGGAGAUGUCUCUGGAGAAUGAUUUGGCAAACAUGUGGGUUCUUGUUGCUCAAUUAAAGAAAGAUGGGAGUGUUAACCCAGAUUCAAAGAUUAAUGAGAGGCAGAAUGAUAACAGAGACCGUAUAAAUGAUCUAAAAUUGGAGGAUACUGACCUUAGGGAUCCAAUCCUCAAAGGUCAGCAAGCUGAAGAUCAUACAACCCAACUUUCCGACAUUUCCAAGGAAGAAUCUCUUGUUGUCCGCUUGAAGGCCCGGAUUCAAGAGAUUAAGGAGAAAGAACUUGGUUGCACUGGGAAUGGAGAUGCAAAUUCGCACGUCUGUAAAGUAUGUUUUGAAUCACCUGCAGCUUCAAUGCUUAUUCCUUGUCGCCAUUUUUGCUUUUGCAAACCUUGUUCACUUGCAUGCUCUGAAUGUCCAAUCUGCCGAACUAAUAUUGCAGAUAGGAUUUUUGCCUUUACUUGACACCCAUCUAGAAAAAAAGGGAUUUGUCAUUAUUCGUCUGCUUGGUAUUUUCCUCGAGGGUUUUUGAUACCAUUUCAUUAGUUAAAUUAUAUGUAACUUGUUAAAUGGUAUAUCAUUGUUUUCUCCCUGAGAAAUGCGGCCGGGCCCUGGAUGUGUGUUUGAACAUGGUAAAUUUGAAGUUCGCAGGUGCAUCGUGAUGAUUUCUCCGAGCUUGUAAUGUACAGAACGGUACAUAUCUUGGGUAAUGUUACCCAACUUACCGUAGAUGCAGUAAUGAACUGAAAAAAGUGGUUUUGAUUUGUUUAGAGGACAUAAAGGAAAAGACUUUCUAGUCCAAAGGCAUGUAGGUGCUUUUCACCAAAAAAUGCCCGUCAUUGUGAAAGAAGGUCCAACUACAGAGUGAGUUUUUGUGGAAGCACACAUGAUUGUGAGAUGAGAAUGAGACAAGGAGCAUGUAAAUAAUUCACUUUGAUAGGAAGGAUUAGAUAGUUCUAAAUCGUAUUUAAAGGUUAAACCAAAUUAAAAUUGUUUAUAAUACUGUUUAA